GAUGCGUUGCGGGUUAUCACGAAGCAUUGACAUCCGUGUCUGAGGCAACAUGGCGAGCUCCGGGCGAGUGACCGCGGACGGAGGAGACAUGAUGCGAUAUGCUGAAUACAGUCCUAAAAGCAGCGUUAGGAGUGAGGCGGAGAUAGACAGGAGACUGGGAGGCACUCUGAUCGCCGUCGGUCUUGGUGUGGCUGCUGCGGGUUUUGCUGGCCGCUAUGCAUUCCAGCUGUGGAAGCCUCUUGGACAAGUCUUCUCUGAAACUGUCAAGAAGAUGCCCUCUUCAGCUUUCUCAUCAUAUUACAAAGGAGGUUUUAAUCAGAAGAUGUGUAAACGAGAGGCCAGCCUCAUUCUUGGCAUCAGCCCAACCAGCACUAAGACCAAGGUACGUGAGGCCCAUCGGAGGAUCAUGGUCCUGAACCAUCCAGAUAAAGGUGGAUCACCGUUUCUCGCUGCUAAGAUCAACGAGGCCAAAGACCUUCUGGACAAGGAGAGUCGGAGAUGACCUUCACCAUGAACUAACACUUUAAAGACUUCCACCACCAUGUGCAUGAUCUCAGCUCUGCAGUACUGCUCCAUCAACAUCAACACCACCCUGAAGCACCCACUCAGGCUCCUGGAACGGGGGCAAACUUUCAUGACAGUUUACAAGGCUACUUAACUUAUAGCUAUAAUAGAUUGCAGCUUCUUUACAUCAAUGAGAAAUAGCUUAAAAAAAGUACUGCUACAGAAUUCAUGAUUUACUGUGUAUAAAAUGUUAUGUGUACAAAUGUCGGCAUAUAAGGUAUUAUGUAAUAAUGUCAAUUUAAGAAAAGAUAGAAUAAUAAAUUCAAAUAUUUCCAUGUUUAAACAGUUAGUGUGGAAGUAGUUUAAAAACAUUUUUUAAAUAAACUUCAUUUGGAAACUACAA